AUGAAAUACGCAAAAAUUUCAGACGCCACUCGAAAAGCUUUCAUUGAUAAAGUUAAAUAAGGGGUAUGUACAAUCAAGUAGGCAGCUAAACAAUUUGGAAUCAAAUUUUCAACAGGAAAAGCAAUACUAUCUCUAUACAAACAUGAAGGAAGGGUAGGGAAAAAAGAAAGGAGGACAAGAAGAUUAAAAAAACAUUCAGAAGAAAAAGAAAAUUAAACACAGAAAUGUUUGAAGGAUGAACCACCCGUGGAAGCUAAAUAAGUGUAAGUUUAGGAGGUUUCGAACUGCCAAAAUAAUUAAUCAUACUUUAAUUAGUAUUCGUCUUAGUAUUACAAUUACAACUAUCAACAAUGGUAUUAAACUCAAGCUUGGCUAUAAUACAUGAAUGGUCUUUCUUCAAUGAACUGUUAUAAUUACAGAAACAUAUAUUGA